CCGCCGCCGCUACCGGAGGCGCAGGAGCCUCGCGAUAGUGUUUGCACAGGCGGCGCGUGACGCCGCCGCCGCCUGUAACUGAUGCAGAGGUUACCCCGCCGCCUCAGCCGCCACCCACCGCCCGCCGCCGCCGCCGCCACCCAAGCGACGCCGGGGGCCGACGCACUGCAGAGGUGCCGGCAGGUUCCGCUCGCGGAAGUGUCCUCGGCCGGCGCAGCCCGCGCUCCGCCUGCACUCCAGCGGGCGCCCCCUCGACGCCUCCGCCGCCGCGCUUCUUCCCUCCGCCUCUUCCCCGGCGCGCCCGCCUGCUCCCUCGCUUCUCCCCCUUUUCCUCCUCCCCGUCCCCUCUCCUCCCCUCACCUCUUCCCUCCCCACCUCCCCCCCUUCUUGGUUUCCUCCCCCAUCCCCUUGACUCUCCCCUCCCUGCCCUCGCUCCCUCGCUCGCCCUCAGCGCGGCCCCCGCCAUGACGGAGGCGGGUGCCGGUGCCGUUGCCGCCGCUGCCGUCGCAGGGGGGGAGUCGGGUUCCCAGAAAGUAGCUUGAUGAGUGUCCAAAGUAGCAGUGGAAGUUUGGAGGGGCCGCCAUCUUGGUCCCAGCUCUCCACGUCUCCAACCCCGGGCUCGGCGGCGGCGGCCAGGUCCCUGCUGAAUCACACGCCGCCAUCCGGGAGGCCCAGGGAAGGUGCAAUGGAUGAGCUUCAUAGUCUGGAUCCAAGAAGGCAAGAAUUAUUGGAAGCUAGGUUUACAGGAGUUGCAAGUGGGAGCACUGGAAGCACUGGCAGUUGCAGUGUUGGAGCAAAAGCCUCAACAAAUAAUGAAAGUUCUAAUCACAGUUUUGGAAGCUUGGGAUCUUUAAGUGACAAAGAAUCUGAGACACCAGAGAAGAAACAAUCGGAAUCAUCCAGAGGAAGAAAGAGAAAAGCAGAAAACCAGAAUGAAAGUAGUCAGGGAAAAAGUAUUGGGGGACGUGGCCACAAAAUUAGUGACUAUUUUGAAUACCAAGGUGGGAAUGGCUCAAGUCCAGUAAGAGGCAUACCUCCUGCGAUCCGUUCUCCUCAAAAUUCACAUUCACAUUCCACUCCUUCUUCAUCUGUUCGACCGAAUAGCCCUUCUCCUACUGCGUUAGCUUUUGGGGACCACCCUAUUAUACAACCAAAGCAGUUAUCCUUUAAAAUUACUCAGACUGAUCUCACAAUGCUGAAAUUAGCAGCAUUAGAAAGUAAUAAAAACCAGGACCUGGAAAAGAAGGAAGGUCGUAUAGAUGACUUGCUCAGGGCUAACUGUGAUCUCAGACGGCAGAUAGAUGAACAACAAAAAUUACUUGAAAAAUACAAAGAACGAUUAAAUAAGUGCAUAUCAAUGAGCAAGAAGCUGCUUAUUGAAAAGAGUACACAAGAAAAACUGUCAAGCAGAGAGAAGAGUAUGCAAGACCGAUUACGCCUUGGGCACUUCACAACAGUUAGACAUGGUGCUUCAUUUACUGAACAAUGGACAGAUGGUUUUGCGUUUCAGAAUCUUGUGAAGCAACAAGAAUGGGUGAAUCAGCAAAGGGAAGAUAUUGAAAGGCAAAGGAAACUUCUAGCCAAACGCAAACCUCCCACAGCUAAUAAUUCUCAGGCACCCUCUACCAAUUCUGAACCAAAACAAAGGAAAAACAAAGCAGUCAAUGGAGCAGAGAAUGAUCCCUUUGUUAGACCCAAUUUACCACAACUGUUGACUUUGGCAGAAUAUCAUGAACAGGAAGAAAUUUUCAAACUUAGACUAGGACAUCUCAAAAAGGAAGAGGCAGAAAUCCAGGCAGAACUUGAACGUUUGGAAAGAGUCAGAAAUCUUCACAUUCGAGAGCUCAAAAGAAUAAAUAAUGAAGAUAAUUCACAGUUCAAAGAUCACCCAACGUUAAAUGAAAGAUAUUUGUUACUUCAUCUGCUUGGUAGAGGUGGCUUUAGUGAAGUGUAUAAGGCUUUUGACCUCUAUGAACAAAGAUACGCUGCUGUGAAGAUCCACCAGCUUAAUAAAAGCUGGAGGGAUGAGAAGAAGGAAAACUACCACAAACAUGCCUGCAGAGAGUAUAGAAUACACAAAGAACUGGAUCACCCUAGGAUAGUUAAACUCUAUGAUUAUUUCUCCUUGGAUACAGAUACGUUUUGUACAGUAUUAGAGUACUGUGAAGGCAAUGACUUGGAUUUCUAUCUGAAGCAACAUAAAUUAAUGUCAGAGAAGGAAGCUAGGUCUAUUGUAAUGCAAAUUGUAAAUGCACUAAGAUAUCUCAAUGAAAUCAAACCCCCUAUUAUACAUUACGAUCUUAAGCCAGGAAACAUCCUUCUGGUAGAUGGCACAGCAUGUGGAGAAAUCAAAAUCACUGAUUUUGGUCUGUCCAAGAUCAUGGAUGAUGAUAGCUAUGGUGUAGAUGGAAUGGAUCUAACUUCUCAGGGGGCAGGCACUUACUGGUAUUUACCUCCUGAGUGUUUUGUAGUUGGAAAGGAACCACCAAAGAUUUCCAACAAGGUUGAUGUGUGGUCAGUCGGCGUCAUUUUCUUUCAGUGUCUUUAUGGUAGAAAGCCAUUUGGUCACAAUCAAUCACAACAAGACAUUCUUCAAGAAAAUACAAUAUUAAAAGCCACCGAAGUCCAGUUCCCUGUAAAACCAGUUGUAAGCAGUGAAGCAAAGGACAAGGUUGAAAACUAUUUGUGAACUGAAGUUCUUCAUAGCAUCAUUUGUAUGAGAGUGGAUCAUGGACCAUGAAUAAAAUGUACACUUUUGACUAUGACCUUGAACAGUGAAGGAUGACUGUUGCACAGAAACAGGAAUACCAUGUUAAGAAAAAUUGGGGGAACACUGUAAAUAACGUUUAUAAUACUUAAAUACAGUUGGUUGUUUAACUAGAGAGUUCUAAUAUGAAGGGUAGUUUUUCAUUAUUUAAAAACACAUGGAAAAAAUAUUUCUAACACAAGAACUAUAGUGCCUGGAUUCAUUCUUCAGCAUUCAGCAGUUAAUCUGCUGAAACCAAAGUAAGAACUGAAUGACAUUUGUGUUUUAUAGAAUGAGAGAGAAUCUUUGGACUUUGGACAAAGUUAGAUUUUGUCACUUGCCUAUUCUGGCUCUUACCAAGUUGUACCUCAAAACCGCGUGUCCAUUUUUGUUUUUGUUUUUUUUUCCCACUAGUCAUAUUAACAGGAGAGCUGUUAUUUCUAGAUACUUUACACCUUUGACAAAUGAGCUGCUUGUUUUAAAAAUCAGUUGAAUUCACCAAAUAUCUCUGGUGUUUUCAACAUGUUUGAAUUAAGAUAUUUUCCCUUUGUUACCAGGCCUUGUUCAUAAACAAGUGACAGUAUGUAACCAAAUGCAGAUCAGACCAGUUCUAUGCAGGAUAAUGAUAAAUUCCCUUCUAGCUCUAUUGUAAAUUGUUGUACAGAUGUUGUAUUACAGUUACCAAGUUUCAGCAGCUUAUUCUUGUACAAAUGUUUAAAAAUAUGGCUUUUCUAAUUGGAUAUUGUAUUUUUUUUAAGUCUUCUUGAAGGCGCUUUAAUUGCUGCUAAAUGAUGUUGCUUCUAUGCUAAAAAAUCUAAUGACCUCCUUAAAGGUGCAAGUUGACUGUACAUAUGUCAUAGAGAGAUAUUAAAGGCUGGCAUUCAUUAACAAUCAAGGCAUGUAAAAAUGAUCCAUCUUGGACAUAUAGGGUUCACUAAAUCAGAUUCUUGGGUUCUAGGGCUGGGGAGCACAUAGAUAACUAGAUUUAUAAAUUGUUCAUGUUUAUCCUACGUUUCUAGAAGGUUCUUAUCAGAAAGGUGAGAUGAUGGUCCCCAUAAAUAAGUUUCUUGUGGUUUGUACAGAUUUGUUAAAAUGUGAACAUUUUCUAACUGCCUUGUAUGGUAGAAACCAUUAUUUUUCAGGAUGUUAUAUUUUACUCCUGUAAGAAUUAUUUGUCACAUUCAUAAUGCUGAUACUUACAUGUAAGUUGUCCAUGUUGCCGAAAAAGGAGGUGAUAACCACAGAUUCUCCUUAAUAUUGUACAGUUAAACUGUGGCUCUUAUUUCUCAUGUUGCAAGCCAUUUUGUUUCAUUGUACAUAUAGACACAUUGUCUCUUUAAGAUGCUGCUGAAAUUGUAGAGAAUGUAGCCAAAACAGUAAUAAACAAUGACAAUUAAAAUUUAAGGACUAUGAAAAUUACAUUUCAAGGGAGCUUUGAAGAUUUAGGAUAUUGAUUGACUAGGCUCCUUAAGAAUCAACUCCAUGAAUUCUUUAAGUAUACUUCAAGACAGGUAUCAAGUGCUUCAAGCUGUUAAAGUAAACCUAAUAAUCAUUAUCACUGGGUAAGUAACACAUAGCACUGUGAGGAGUGGCCUCGGGGGUAUACCUGCUCUUCUGUAGAUUAAGAUAGAAAUCCUAUUUUUCAAAAAUACUGAUACGGUAAUGAAAUGUUAGCAUUAAUUGAGUGCUUUAGGUGCUGCCUACAAGUUUUUCAGUUUUGUUGUUUGAGUUUUCAUCUUUCCAAAUCAUUAAGUACUGUGUUCAUAUAGUAAUUGUCAUUUAAAGUCCUGCAUUAAAAGAAAAUGCUCGGUUUUUAAAAAUUUCAGUGAGAUACUCAGUGGACAUGUACAUCUAAUACUAGGUGGAAUAAGUGGUGUUGACUAAGUCACUGCAUUACCAUACUCUUUUCAAAUGAUUGAAAAUGACUGCUAGCGUGGAAAUGCAAGAAAACAAGCCACAGCAGGAAACUGCUUCCCUGGUUUCCAAAGAUGUAUACGAGGUAAAUCAACUUAGACACCUACAUUUUCCCCAAAAAUGCUAUAGAUUUUGGGUCGUAGGCCACUAACCCAACAGGUACAAGAUGACUAAAGGAGCCAAACUGAAUCAUUUACUCUUCCCUUCACAUGGGAAAUGGGGGUCUAUCGCUGAAUAAUUUCAGUCACUGUCUAUCUUUGGCUCUAAUAUCUUCUGAAGCUUACAUUGGUUUUGGUCUCCUGAAUUCUGUCCUCAGAAUUAAAGCAUGUCUUCUUUCCCUAAGACAUGAGCCAAGGGUCUCCCUUUAGGAAUCAGCACUGAUGCAAGGUAAAAUAUACAGUUUUUGCAUAUAAUUUAAACAUCUUUCUUUGAUGUGAAUUAGCUGUAGUGUAUGCAUGUUGAGAGGAAGUGUAGAAACCACCGUAAUUUAUAAGUCGGGAGUUGAGUAGAUUUUUGGUUUUUGUUUUUCAAAAGUAGAGUCAGGUUUAUUUUCUGUCAUCCUCUUCUGCUAACAAAACUCUUUCAGUUUAAAUGGUACAUAAAAUGUGAACACAUAUUCUAUAAAUACCUUAUUACACGAAGCCAAAAUGAUGGAGAGUUUCAGCGAAACAUUUAAAGACUA